AUGUUCAACAGACUAUCUCGAUUUUCAGCUGCUCAAAGCUUGCGUUUUGCGCGCAGCUCUAUCUCAAAGAGGUCCUUUUUUUCUCAGCAACUUCUGGGAACCCAAUAUCAAAAAUCGCAUAAAUCAACCUACAUUUUAGGAGCUGGAGCAGCAGGACUUGGUCUCAUUUUAUGGCAAUGUCAAUCGAUCAGAAACGACGCUGGUCCCACUGAGAAUAUUGACAGAUCCGUAGAGGUGGACAAAUCCGUGUCGCCAUUCACAGUAACUCUAGGACCUCCAGACUAUCCGCUGACAGCUUCUUACAAUCUUUUAGGGUUUGGACCUCGUGCAGUUACAUUCGUUAACUUUAAGGUCUAUGCGUUGGGAAUAUAUGUGGCCAACGAAGACUUGCCGUUGAUAUCUAAGAUCUUCAAUUCCAACUACUUAUCCAAAGCCUUUCUAGAUACGGACACUUCGAAAUCACAUUCUGAAAAUGUGGAAAACGCUCUCCGGGACCCAAUAAAAUCUAGAGCACUGAUUGGAAACCUCAUUGAUGGUGGUGUUAGAAUGGCUGCCAAGAUCACGCCCAUUAGAAACACCGACUUUAGCCAUUUGAAAGAGGGCCUGAUCAAGUCAAUUUUAAACCAUCCAGAUGCCAAGAAAAAUCAGGAAAUUGUUUCUAGAGGAAUUCAAGAAUUGAAAGAUGCUUUCACAAGAAAAGGAUUCGUCCCUAAGAAUGAUGACUUGCUGAUAGAGCUCCAAAUCAAUGGUUCCUUACAGCUAUCAUAUUGCUCUCGUAAGAACAAUGAGAAAAUAAUGCUUGGGAGGGUUGACGAGCCAAUAAUAGGUAGAAUGCUUUUUAGCCAGUACCUCAGUGGGCCUAAACCUUUGAGUCCUGCUACGCGAGACUCUUUCGUUUCCAAGGUCAAAACAAUGGUUUGA